CGCGGGCCCCGCGCGGAGGGAGGACGGCGCGGCGGGGGCGCGCGGGCGAUCAGGUUCCCUCAUUCACGCUCGGGCCUGACAGUCAUAGGAUGGACUGUUGACUCCUCUGCAGGCACUGAAGUGAUUUCAUAAACACUGGCAAGACCUCUCACAGGUGACACGUCCGCUCCGAAAAAGGUUUAGAGGGACAUGGAGCUUGAAAGAAUCAUUCAAGACACACUGACAGACUUCAUCCAGUCCCACAUCCCUGCAGCAGAUCUCAGUGGGAUGGAUGAUGUUUUCUUCUCUUACAUCACGGGUGUCCUGGAAGAGCUGGGCUCAGCAGAGUCUUCUGAAGAGACUUUUGACAUGGACACCUUUGUGGAAAUGAUGGAGGCAUAUAUCCCUGGUUUUGCAGAAAUCCACAGUGGGGAUGUUUGUGAAAUGAUGUUCUCCCUCUCAGAAAGGCUUGGUGAAGCUCGCAACAAAGAAAAACUUGGCCAAAAGGCUGUGGAAAGCAGGAGUGAAGCGCCCUCUGAAGACCUCACCGAGGGCCAGGAGCCUGGAGCUGGAGCCUGCAGCGGGGAAAGACUGUGCACUCUAACAGACGGAGCCGGGGCCCAGGAAGGUGCUGACUUGAAGGAUGGGGUGGAGCUGCUACUGGAGAUGUUCCCAGCCUGCACUGUGAGCCAGGCAGAGAAGGCUGUCGCCAUGGCUUUGGGGAACUUGGAAGAGGCAGUGCAAUUAAUUGUGGAGGAGAAGGUGGAAAUUGGCCCAGCAGGUGCAAGUGUAAAGGAACUGGCACGGCCCCGCAGAGCGCCCAACCACGAGGAACUAAAACAGGUCAUCCUACAGAAGUACAUGAUGGUGGAUAGUGCAGAUGAUCAGAAAACACAUCGGCCAGCUCCACCCAAAGAGGUAAGCAGGCCCAGCUCACCAGCUCAAGUUUGAAUGUCCCAAGGUUUAAAUAAAACCAGGCUGCAAGUCCAAAAGAAACAACAGGGCAGGCCAAAGGCAGGUCUGUUCACAGUCAGUCAGAGAGGGAAGAUUAGCUCAGCUGAGGUGCUGCAGGCAAUGUCAGUUCUUACCUUUCCUGACUACCAUGGCUCUUGCUCCCUCACAUCCUUCCCAGUUUUGGCCAAGAUUCCCAACACAGACAGUGGUAAAGCAGCCCACCCACCCACCUCCCAUAAUGGAGCUCUGCUUUUGCUUGCCCCCUCCCUUCUCUAGCAGUGUGGCUGUCCAUCCACUUGGUGUUAAUAUCUUUCCAGGCUCCCAAGAAGUUGAUCCGCUAUAUUGAUAACCAGGUGGUGAGUACAAAAGGAGAGAGGUACAAAGACAUCAAGAAGCCUGAGAGUGAGGAGAUGAAGAGAACCUACAUCAGCCUAAAACCAGCCAGGAAGUAUAAGUUCCACUGACAGCCAGGUCCUCCUGCUCUUCAGCCUUCCACCUCACUGCCAGGCAUGGCAGGAUGGAUGUGUGGUGCUAGGAAUGAGGUGACUCCACCUGCCACUAACUUGAACUAACCUGGAAGCCAGGACAAUGCUUUCAGCUUCCUCAACUAACCUGGCUGAGGAGACUUCUCUCAUCGUGUAGCUAUCCCUUCUCCCUCCAGGAGCACACCACAGUGGCUCUCCAGGACCUGGGCAUUCUCUGCUAUUCCUUGCAUGGGACAUUUUUAGAUCUGAGAUGUGGCAUGUGCUUUUGCAGCAAUCUUUUUAACAAGUCUUUGUGCACUGUUGCUUUGAGUGCCAGUAUUAAUAAAGAUGAUGUGAGUUGGUGUGUAGUUCA